AUGGUACUUUCCGGAGUUUACAUUCUGGUGACAGCCACUUUUUCUCUGCUCUUACUUUCAUGGAAGUUUUACGCCUGGUCGGUCCUCUACCGUCAGAGACGCCUCCUGAAAAAGGAGCACGGAUGCGAGGAACCACCUAGAUAUCCCAAUAAGGAUCCGGUUUUUGGACUCGACGUUGCAUGGAGAAACUAUAUCAGUCAAAAAAAUCAUAAUUUGCUACCCGAACUCUUGUCCCGGUAUCAAAAAUAUGGCAACACAUAUUCCCUUCGCCUUGGUGGAAGUCGUUCUUUAAGCACAAUUGAACCAGAGAACCUGAAAUCAAUUCUUUCAACGGACUUCGCAAGCUACUCUUUCGGAUCAAGACGCACGAACGCACUAAAGCCUUUUCUAUCAAAGUCCAUAUUCACCUUAACUGGUUCAGAUUGGCAGCAUUCUAGAGCCAUGAUCCGACCGAACUUGGCCAAAACCCAAUUUAUCGAUGCCGAAUCAUCAACAUUCGAAAAACACUUUGGCCGUAUGUUAUCCGUCCUCCCUAAAGACGGCUCAGAAAUCGAUCUUGAGCCCCUAUUCUUUUCGUUCACCUUGAACACCAGCAUCGAGCUAUUGACAGGGCAGGAUUUGUAUCUAGAUCACGACGUCUCAAAGCUUUUCGACGACGCUGGGCGUCUCAUUGUCGACGAAUUCUUACUACCAUUUGUUCCCCUCCGUCAAUCUAAAAAGGAGUACCUAGAGGCAUCUCGGCUAUGCCACACCUGGAUUGAUAGUUACAUUCAUCAGGCUAUCAAGGAGCAUCAAUCAUCAACAUCGAAUACAUCUCUCGAGAACGAAAAGUUUCCAGGAAGUGGGAAAUAUUCUCUGCUCCAGGAACUUGUCAAAGAGACUUACGAUGUACCACGGAUUCGUGGAGAACUUCUCGGCAUACUCGUGGCUGGCCGCGAGACAACUGCUGUGGCACUGACUUCACUGUGGUUCACACUUGCAAAACGCCCCGAAAUUGUCCAGAAACUGCAAGCAGAGGUAGCAGAACUAGCCGGGCAGAGGCCAGACUUUGUACAGCUGAAAAAGAUGCGAUAUCUGCAAAACACAAUUCAGGAAUCUCUCCGCCUCUAUCCCUCACUUCCAACGAAUAUGCGCACAGCGGUACAAGAUACUAUUCUACCGGUCGGAGGAGGGCCAGACGGUUCCUCUCCUGUCUUCGUUGAGAAAGGGCAACUAGUAAUCUUUAAUUAUUUUGCUAUGCAUAGACGCCAAGACAUAUUUGGAGCAGAUGCAGAUGUGUUCAGACCAGAAAGGUGGGAGGACGACGCUCUUCGACCUGGAUGGGGCUAUCUUCCCUUUAACGGCGGCCCCCGAAUCUGCUUAGGGCAGCAGUUCGCCCUAACGGAGAUCGCAUACACGACCGUGCGACUCCUACAGGAGUUCCAAGGCGUAGAGUCGCGUGAUAACUCUCCCUGGAAGGAAAAUUGGCACGUUACUUGUUCUGUAAAGACAGGGUGCAAAGUUUCACUCUUUUGA